UGGAAUCCGCCUUCCUUCAUGUCGGUCAGACGCACGAAAAGAGCUGUCGCUGUCGGUCGGUCUUGGUUUGGUUCCUCUUCUUCCUCUUGUCCGGCCGGCUGGCACCGGCAGGAAGCCAUGGCCUCGAACGGGAGCAGCAGCACGGUGGUGGACGAGAUGCAGAGCAGCUUGGACAGGGUGCGGCGCCAGCUCUCCUCCACCUCCACCCGCCACCUCCUCCAGGGCCCUCUCUUGAAGCGAUCCGACACGCUAAGAAAGUGGAAUGAGCGCUGGGUCAUACUUGAUCCAACAACCGGAAAGAUAGAAUACAAGGUCCGUAGGAGUGACAAAGAUGUUAGGGGAGUGAUCAUGUUCGAUUCAACAAGCACAGUGACGUUAUCGCCUAUGAACUUCCAUGGACUGGCAAAAUACGAUGGAUGCUGUUUCUAUAUUGGAACUCCACAGAAAAAGGAAUACUUUCUUUGUGCAGAAACUCCCAGCGCUGCAAGAGCAUGGGUAUCCACUUUACAUGCGACUCAGUUGGUACUACAGGCUCAUAAGGAGGCGGUGAAUUCAUUGGGUGAGAAUGGUCCUGCAAAAUUGGGAACAGUUGCAACUGUUGUGGCUGUAGCCAAUGCCACUGCAAUUGAAGCAACAAAGGAGGUAGAAGCUGCAAUGAAGAUUUCCCUACGGGCAGCUUUGGGCUCAACUACAAAUAAACUUACCAAAGGUCAAUUAGAUGAUCUCACAAUAAUGAUGGAGACCCUUCGAGUUAAAGACGAUGAACUCCACCAGUUGUUGCAGGAUAUUCGUGCACGUGAUUCUACCAUCAAUGAGAUUGCAGAUAAAUUACAGGAGACUGCAGAAGCAGCUGAAACUGCUGCUUCUGCAGCACGUUCAAUUGAUGAAGAGAGAAGAUUUUUUACGUCAGAACUUGAACGUCUGAAACAAGACCAUGAGAAACAAGCUGAAUCAUCUUUGCUUAGGUUAAGGGAAUCGGAGGAGAAAGCAAAGCUUCUUGUUGAAGAGAGAGAUCGUUUGCUUACAGAGAGAGAUUCUGCUCUUCAAGAAGCUCAGAUGUGGCGCUCGGAGCUAGGAAAAGCUAGAGGAAAUGCUGUAAUUCUAGAAGCUGCUGUUGUCAGAGCUGAAGAGAAAGCUAGGGUCUCAGCAGCAGAUGCUGACAUCCGCAUAAAAGAAGCCAUGAGCCGACUUGAGUCUGCUAUCAAAGAAAAGGAGGAUCUCCUAGCCCUUGUGGAUGCUCUACGAUCUCAAAUACAAAGCAGGCAAGAGACUAGCACAAUACAGGUUUGUGAAGAGAGCUCGGAGCUCUGCUCUACUGCUUCGAAGCACAUGGAAGAUGAUAAUGUUGAUAAAGCUUGCGUAAGCGAUACAGAUCCAAUACCAGUUACAGAGAACAUUGUUGAGUUGGAUGACGAGGGAGUCGAUAUCCCUACAGUCAGGGACACUGAGUGGGAUAAUCCCCAUUCUUCUGAAGUGUCUGAUGUAAGGGAAGUAACCACAGAACCUGAAGAAAACAGCUUGGAUAUUCCUGUCGAUACUUGAUGACCAACCUUUUAUUUUGUGAGAAUUGCUUAGAAGGUUUAGCUGGACUCUGAACAUUCUUGUUCUCCGUGAUGAGUUGUACUAGUAGAUUCUCAUUUUAGUUCAUCAUUACAUUCUUGUUCAAGUUUCAGCAUGAGUUGCUGAACUUGAACCCCCUUUAAACGUGUGCUCUGUCCCUGCUGAAAUAAAAUAGCACAACUAUGUUGAGCGUGUGAGUGUAUAUCUGGACCUUCAUGUUUAGAAGGUCAUCUUUGCCCAUUUUUUUUCUCAUUCAGGAAAUUCUUGCUGUAUGCUGCAAACUGAGCGUCUGAGCCAGUAAAUUUGCACUAAUUCUUUGUAUUUAUGAACAAUAUAAAGAAGUAAAUUUGGGAUUUC